AGCUUCCAUACAUAUACAAUUACCCCUUCAAGAAACCUAAAACCAUAUCCUCCUCUUUAUAUAAGCCAAGAAAUUGUGUUUUGUUGAUAAGUAAUUAAUGGGUUCUGUUUCUUCAUCAACUGUGAUGGCAGAAAAGAUUUCUUGGUAUUGUGCUUUGUUGAUGGCGCUAAUGCUGGUUUUGAGCUGCUGUGAAGUGAGUGAAAGUGAAUUGGCUGCUGUUGGGCAUCCGAGGGUUUUUGAGGACAAGCCAUGCGAUGAGAUAUAUGUGGUCCGAGAAGGUGAGACUUUGCAUACUAUUAGUGAAAAAUGUCGGGAUCCUUAUAUUGUUGAAGAAAAUCCACACAUUCAUGACCCAGAUGAUGUUUUCCCUGGCCUGGUCAUCAAGAUUACCCCUUUCAACGAUAGGUAAACUCUAGUCUAUUUUUCGUCUCUAAUGAGAUAUAUGUAUAUGUAUAUCGUUCGUAUUGUUUGUGAAUGUUUACGUUCAUGGAACCUCUGCAUAGAUACAAGUGAAAAUCAUGGAGGGAGCUGUGUAUAUAUAUCUCUUCACCUUGGACACUUAGUGGUGAUCCAGCUUGUAAUCAUGAAAUCAAUGAAAGAAAACUUUUACGGUAUCAA